AUGUCAGAGAAUACUCCGAAGGUGACCGCGGAAUUCUUCCCACCGGGAGAAAGGGGUAAGCCACCUCCCGCGCCCAUCAAAAUCUCGCCAGAAUACAUCGUAAAGCCCGGCCGAAAGUCCAUCGACGCGACGAACGCCGAGAAUCCCGAUGUCACCACCACAAGGCAGGUGACUCCGGAUGGCAUUGUCAUUACCCGAAAGAAGGAGAAGAUCGCCAUUCAGCCCGAUGUCGUGGCAGUCGUCGAAACGGCUACCGCACAACCCCCAAGCGCUCCACCAUCACCGCCUCCGAAGCAGCUCGUCAACGCAGCGCCGGGGCUCACUCCGUUCCACCAGCACUGCCUCCGUGUGCGACCAGUGCCUCCGCACGCUCUCCUACCUUUCGUGCGACCCGUACAUCCGCAAGCGCCAUAUUGCCCGCCACCCGUGAUACCGGGAGGAGUUCGCCGCGAGUCGGUAGUCGAGCCCUCGGAGAGGUUCAGCCGCAGCGUCCAGACCGACUGCCCCCUUCACUUCAAGGCCACCUUGGAGAGUGAGACCAUCGAGUCUUCUCCGGAUAACAUCACAGGUAUUCCAUUCACGCCUAUCUACCUGCCACCUUCGAUGCAGAGGCAGAUGAACAACUACGCUGUCCAUGAGUCGACGCUGGCUCCGCAGCAGACCUGCAGAAUCUAUUCACCACCCCCGGUGAUUGAGACUGCGGUCGGCGAGGGUCAACGCGCUUGCGUCACCCUCGAGAACGAGUACGACAUCAAAUUUCCGGCUCCUCCCCGGCGUGAGCCGUCGGUGAGAGCGGUCGGCUGCGGAUCAAUGGAGGAAGAUGACUUCCUCGGCAACGCAUCAAUGGUCGCACAGACCACCAUAAUCCUGAACGAGGGCUCACCGGGCACCCCUGGUAACAUUAUCGUGCGUCGCGGCAGUAGUGCCACCAACUUAGCGACUUCGCCCAUGGCGACAAUAACGCUACCUCCUACCGGGCGGCGUAUGACGACGCAGCAGAUCACAGUCCCGCCCGUCGGACCGGUUCAAGUGUCGCCGCCGCAGAUUACCUUUGCCCCUCAGCCGCAGACCAUAUCGCAUGUGCAACAGACCACCUCGGGCGCGCAACCAAUGGCCACAGUAAACAUAACGUCUCGCAUCCGCGACCUGACCGACCAAGUGAUGCGCGAAUCGAAUCGCGUGAGCCGCGCCCGUGACAGACUACAGCGCCGCCGCCGCCCGGCCCCCCUGAACCGCGUGUAUUCAGUCGAGGACAAGCUGUACAACCUUAUGAACCUGGAGACCAAGCUGGCCAACGAGAUCGCCAACUACCGAAACUCGGGACGUGUCCGGGACCCCGAGUUCCUAUCGACACUGGCCGAGACGGAGAACAAGCUUAGGCGCUUGAUUAGUGCGGAGAACAACGCGGCGCGCGACAUGCGCCGCAUCAAGAAGGAGAGCUUCAAGCAAGAAACCUACAAGGUUAUAUGCCCACGCCGGUCCAUCACGCCGGCCUCGUCAGGGACAUCGACCAGCAUGUCUUCGUACAGUCCGUCGUCGACUUCCAUAGCCAUGCCUCCCAUGUAUCAAAUGCCGCCCAUGAUGCCCAUGCCAACGCCUCCACCGAUGAUGCCGCAGCCGCAGAUGAUGAUGGGCGGCCAGCCCAUGAUGAUGAGAGGCCCGUGCCAAAUGAUGCAGCCGGGAAUGAACAUGAUGGGAGGCGGGCAGCAGCAGGGCUCACCCGGACCUGGCAUGUAUCCGAGUCUAAUGCGCAUCAGCAUCGAGUCUCCCGAGUGUACUUGCACGAGUUUUACGUCGUCGAGCACCGUCUCUUCCGGCUCGGACUCGUUGCCCAAAACACAAGUGGCCAAGGAGGAGACCAAGGUGGUCGUGGAUAUGCCCAAGCCACCACCUGCACCGGCGACUCCUCCACCCCCGCCACCACCUCCAGCUGCGCCUCCUACGCCACCGUUGCCUAUGCCUCCGGAGAUGGAGCAAGGUGAACGCCGCCAAAAAAAGAAAAAGCGAAAGAAAAAGCGUAAGAAGAAGCAUCAUAAAGACAGCGAUGACGGCUCGGGCACUCCGGACGACGCUGGGGGUGGUAAGAAAAAGCGCAAGAAGAAGCGCAAGAAGAAGCACAAAAAGAAGCAAAGCGAAUAA